GAGGACAGACAGGCUGCUGGCAACGCCGUCUAUGAGCAUCGGUUGUUGAAUCAGUUGAAUUCAUAGAAUAAAAUUUUGAGUGAACCACAGUUGUGAACGGAUUGUGAAUUCGGUGAAUUCCACAGACUUCUCACUCACUGAAUUCAUCUGUCCUUAUCUAUGAGUGAAUUCAUUCAAGAUGCUGAAUUUGUUGGRGUUAGUUCCGUUCAGUUAGAGAAUGUGAAUGUAAUAAAAAGGUCUUACCAUAUCCAGAUCAGUUCGCCAUAAUCACAUUCAAUCAUCAAAACAUGUUUCAAAGAGGAAGAGUGCGGGUGCCCAAAACGCCGAAUGCAAGCAAUGCUUUCAACUCGGGACAGUACUAUGCAAACCCAAGAGACUUCGGACGUGAUUCUACGCCGCAUUCAAGCAGUGCUAAUUGGUCCGAAGCACGUUCUUAUGACCCCUACUCGAUAUAUCAGGAUGGUCGUAUUCUUAAUCCCCAAAACGAUUUUAGCUUGGGCUUGGGCCGUGGAGGAGGUUUGAUAAAUGCCCAACCAGCCCCGCUAAAUGUCUUUGAGUCUAGCCGCAAACCGAAAACACGGCGAAGCAAUCAAGGUAACAGCAGUAAUCACAGCAUAGACUCUAUAAGCAAUUCCACUCGAAAGUCGAAAACCCCGGUUCAAUCGCGUGAAGAAACUGGCACGUCUAUGUACAGUUGCCCCAAGUGUAAAACCCAUUAUACCUCACAAAAUCAUCGACAAGCUAGCAGAAGUGUGCCCCUUAUCCUGCACUGUGGCCAUACAAUGUGCCGGGACUGCAUCUAUCAGGGUUUAAAAAACAACAAAAUAACCUGCUUUUCAUGUUCCAGCGAUUCUACUUUUACCGGCAAGCAAUCUUCCAGCGGGCAGUAUGAUCUUCAGAAUGUGUUUCCUCCAAAUUAUUACAUACUUGGAGUGCUAACGCAUCGUCAUGUUGCGGGUGACUGUACGAAAAAUUUGGAAAAUCUGUCGCUUGUAGAUACAGAAAUCAGCAAGGCGCGUUCAGCCGAAGCAAGUAAACCAACUGCAGACAUUUGCUGUUUUGAUGCAUGCCGUAAACAAGCGACGAUGUUUUGUUCGAGUUGUGACGGAUUCUACUGCCUUGAUUGUUGCACUGUUGUCCAUAAGAGUAUCAAACGGCUUAUGUCUCACGCCCCAAAACCUAUACGAAGAAAGGAAUUUUCAUUUGUGCUAGAAAGUUGCAUGGAACAUCCGAAAAUGCAAUUCGAGUUCUUCUGUAAAACUUGUGAUUUGAACGCGUGUUGCUACUGUGUUUUGGAUAAACAUACUGAUCAUGAAAGAGUUGCUCUAUAUAGCUUGAGUGCAGAAGAAAUGGAAGAAUUCAAGAAGCAAAAACGUAUGGCUGGGAACAUUCUAAGAGACGUCCUUGUAGCUCAAAAGAAAGUUUCCAAGUUGGCCAAUUUUGAUACUGGCGAUAUAAAAAAAGACGUGCUUCAUUACUUCAGUGACUACCAUUCAAGAUUGCAAUGCUUGGAAAAUAAAAUUCUCAACGAAUUGGACAAAUACAAAUUCGACAGCAGCGGUCUGAAUGAAGUCCAGUCGUCACUGCAGAAACAUGCUGAUGAACUGGAACAACUGGUUUGCUUCGAUGAAGAUGCGAUUAGAGAUCAGAAAAUGAAUCUGAGAGGUGCUUUCAACAAACUACUCAAGAUCGAAGAUAUUCCCAGAUUUUUCCUAAGUAAAAGUGAUAAAGUAACUCCUAUCAGUUUCGUUGCCAACUAUAGUGACUUAGGCAAGGAAAUUUUCAUUAAGCAAUGUGAGGACUUUGAAUAUCAGCUAGUUGGGAAAAAUAACUUACCAGAAGAUUAUGUUGUUGAAAGCGAACCUGACGUUGAAAUCAAGGCAAAACUAAACGGCUUUACUAGCAAUAUCGACUCAGUCACCAGGAGGUCUGAGGGAAGUCCAGCCCGCACUGAAAAUAAGGCAAAAAAACCGGCAGUGGCAAAAAAACAGUCAGGUUUUGAAAAAACAUAG